AUGGAGCACAAUACUCGACGAAUAAUUCUUAACGUCCAAGGAUGUCGCUUUGAAACUUUUCAGGCCACGCUUGAUGAAUUUCCUGAUACUCUACUGGGUUCGGAGGAAAAACGAAGCAGGUUUUACGACCCGCUGCGAGACGAAUACUUCUUCGAGAGAGACAAAUAUGCUUUUGAUUCCAUUCUCUUUUACUACCAAUCCAGGGGAAUUCUUUCUUGCCCUCCAACUAUAUCACAAAAUACGUUUGAUGAAGAGCUCAAGUUCUACGAGAUCAGACCGAAAGAGCCCGAACAACAGGAAACACGAGUUUCAGUUAUGCCCUUGAAAAAAUGGCAACGAAAAAUGUGGAAACUUCUUGAGUAUCCGGAGUCUUCAAAACAAGCUGCCUUUUUUUCUAAACUCUCUAUGCUCGUAAUUGUACUGUCUGUUGUAGCGUUCUGUGCAGAAACUCUCGACAAGGCGUCAACAAGGUCCUCCAUAUCGUCGUCUUUACUCAAUAACACCAAUAACGAAACUGCCAAGAUAGAUCAAUCACAGAUGAAUAUGAAGAGGUCAAGAGUAUGGUUCAUAAUUGAUACCUGUAUUAUAAUCUGGUUUAGCAUGGAAUAUCUUUCCCGGCUCGCAUCAUCGCCUGAUAAAGUCAAAUUUAUCCGCUCAAUGUUAGCGAUAAUUGACCUGUUAGCGAUAAUACCAUAUUUUAUAUCUUUAAUCUUAGGCGAUAGCUUCGCGCCUGCGUUUUCGUUCACCAUAAUGAGAGUUUUUCGUCUAUUGCGAGUAGUGCGACUGUUAAAACUCACGCGCUACGUAGCGGCUCUAAGAAUUUUGGGUCAAACUGUCCAAUCCUGCCAGGAACAGCUUACAGCCCUGAUGUUCCUCAUAUUAAUCUCAGUCAUAUUGUUUUCAAGUGCUAUUUUUUACAUCGAAAAGGAGGCAAACCCGGACAAUUUCAGCAGCAUUCCCGCCUCGUUUUGGUGGACAAUCAUCACCAUGACGACUGUCGGUUACGGCGAUAUGACGCCACAAACACCCCAGGGGAGAGUGGUUGGAGCAGUUUGUGCCGUAUUUGGGGUAGUUGUAAUGGUUUGCCUUCCUAGUCCUGUAUUUAUUUCAAGCUUUAAUGAAAUUUACGUGCGAUACAUUACCACCCUCAAGAAGAACCAAAAAAACACAUCCAAAGAGAGCAGCAGUGAAACUUGGACAAAAUGGCGGAAGGCUCUUACUCCUUCAAAGAUGAUGAUAGUAACUAGACAAAAGCCUAACACGAUAAACGAUAAGACGUAG